AUGAGCACCCCAGCCGGUAACGCGACAGCAGCUUUGCCGCCGCCGUUGACGACGGAAGAACUCGACCAGACGUUCGGAGUGCUCUUCAUUGGUUUCGUGGUCUCCACGGUUUUGUAUGGCUUGACAUUUUUCCAAACAUACAUCUAUUUCUCUCGUUAUCCCAAAGAUAAUGUCUGGACGAAGUCGACUGUCGGCUUGCUGUCUCUCUUGGAUACAGCGACGUCCGCUUUGAUGUCUCAGGCCCUCUACUACUAUCUUAUUACAAUGUUUGCAUCACCGCUCGGUUUAUUGGACGCGACUUCGACAUUCUGCGCUGAAAACGGCUUGGCGAUCCUCGUCGCUUUCCUCGUUCAAAUUUUCUUUGCUAUCAGGGUAUGGACAGUGAGCAACAAGAACUGGGCGCUAGCGGGUGCCAUCGCUUUCUUCGCAGUGGCAGCGUUCGCUUUCGGAAUCACUAUGACCGUGCAAAUUUUCAACCAGAAGCGCCUCUCCGAGCUCGCAACCACGCACAUGAAGGUCGUCGCAGCGCUCUCCCAAGGCCUCGCGACGCUCGCCGACAUCAUGAUCACGGGCGCCCUGAUGUGGUACCUGUCCCCCAGCCGCAACGUCCUGAUGAAGGGCAAAACGCCGAAUGGGUGGUUCGAGAAGCUGUGCACGUAUGUUAUCAACCGGGGGACGUGUGUUGCGGUGAUCCAGUUGGCGUACUUACUGGCGUUCGUGAUCGUCCCAGCUAAGCAAAUCUGGAUGCCCUUCCACCUCGUAGUCUCAAAGGUGUACGUCAACACCCUCCUCGCGAUGCUCAACUCACGUGAGAUCACCUCUGGCCGCGGCGCAUACGAAGAAGAAUCCGUGUCGACCACCACCUCGCAGCCGAAGCUCAGCUUCGGUCGGGGCGUCACGAGCGACACCGGGAUCAGCAGGAGCGUGCGGUUCAACAUGGAUACCAUGCAAUCGGCGGACGGCGAGCAUAACAUCGAGCUUGACAAGCUCGAUAGCCAGGGUGCUGUCAAAUUUGAGGACGACCCUGUAUUCGAUAUUGCGGGUCGUGAUCACGCCAAGAGUCCGCUCGACAUCAAGGUUACACAGGAAACAUUCACUGCGUAAUUCGUCUGUCGCUCGGGCUGUAUCACCUUUUUUUCGUUGUUCUUCUAUUUAUCACUUGGAUCUACGUUGUGGAACUGUCUUGCUGUCGUAUGCACUUCGGUCGCGAUCAUCUUGGGGUGUCCAUUUAUUUAAUAUUGUAUAUGUACACUGAUAUUCUUUGCUCAUGUCCAGUGGUCGUGUCACAGGAUAUCCUUCCACCCAUCAAUCAUCGUUGAACAAAGAU